UUCCUGUUGCACAUCAAGUAAAAGAGGGAGCUACUCACUAAACAUGAACUCCAAACCUCAAGAGGAAAUAAUUUUGGAUGUUGCGACCUGGGAAAAGACAUUUCAAGAACUGAUCCAGGAGGUAAAACCCCGGGCCAGAUGGACCCUGAAGUUGGAUGGGACUCUUCAGCCAGACUGUGUGGCCCAAGGGUGGAAACAAUACCAGCAAAGAGCAUUUGGCAGGUUCUCGUGUUCCUCAUGCAAGCGAAACUGGGCUUCUGCCCAAGUGCAGAUCCUGUGUCACAUGCACCUGGAGCCCCGGAAGUCCCAGGGUCAGGUGCUUAUGCGGCUCUUUGGUCAGAGGUGCCAGAAGUGUUCCCGGCCUCGAUUUGAGAAGCCCAAGUUCUCUUCGGAUAGCACCAUGAGGAUUUUGAACAACCUGGUGCGGCGUAUUCGGGAGAGAUACUACGGAGACGGUGUCAAGAAGUAUUCAGAGAUACCAGUGAUCCCGGAGUUGCCUUUGGAUGGGUCCCAUGACAUGGCCAAUUGUGAGGCAUGUGUUUUGGGCUUCUGUGUUCAGAGCUCACAAAACUGCAUGACAAAACCAUCCAAAUCCCCUCUCCCCUACAUGGAGAUUGGGAGCUCUCUGCCUCACACUGGUGACAUUUGUGGACAAAAACAAGCUAGGAACCAGUCAGCUGGAGCAAAGGAAGCUCAAGGGAGUGGGCGUUCCUUUGAGCAUAAGAUGUCAGGGCCCAGCCAUGCCACUGCUAGAACCCAAGUGCCUGGGGCAGGCCCUCAGUCCAAACAGGAGAUAGGCCGACAGCCCACACCAGGGGCAGACCGGCAGGCUGCAUGUGGAACAGGGUCUCAGCCCAUCCAAGCAGCAGAAUCACUUUCCCCAGGGUGGACAGACCUACAGCCCACACGGGCAGUAGACCCAUUACCUUCAGUGGGGGCAGCUACACAUGGAUGUGGGAGUUUCAGGAGAACUCCAGCCACCUGGGGAAGCCAGGACAGGUAUUCACACAGAGCACCUGCUCCAGACAGCUCUUCCAGAUCCUUUACCUCGACGAUGCCACGUACCUCCCGUGGCCAGGAUAACUUACUCAAGUGGGGCUGUAUCAUCUGUGUUGCUGCUCUUUGUGCCUUGGUUCUCGGCAGAUAAUUUAAAUAGAAUGAUGAAAAUAAGUUUGUUUUUUCCUCUUGUCUUAAUUUCAUGGCAAUCAAUGAACCACUAUGACAAAGAAUUUGCUUUGAGACCAAGCAGGGUCAAGUUUAUAGACUAAUCCCUGGUUUUCUGGACUUCCUUUCCACGUAGCCUAAAACAUGACUUAGCAGAUAAUAAGCCCAAUAAUAAAUAUCUGUUGAAUAACUAAAA